UUCAAUUGCUGCCUGGCCCUUUGCUCGUAGGAAGCAGGAGGGAGCUUUGAGCGUCCUCGCACCGAAGGAUAACAAUAUCUGAUAGAAACCGACCACAUCUGCGCUGCGUGAAGCAAAAGUUGGGCCGAAUCGAGUCGACAUGGGGAUCCGAAAAAAGACCAACAAGAAUCCGCCGGUGCUGAGCCAUGAGUUUGUCAUCCAGAACCAUGCAGAUAUUGUUUCCUGUGUUGCUAUGGUGUUCCUUCUCGGGCUGAUGUUUGAGGUCACCUCAAAGUUUGCAGUGUUGUUCAUAACUGUCCAGUACAAUGUCACCAUAUCAACAAAUGGCCCAGAGGAGACGGCUGUGAACCACUUCCACCAUGGCAUCAAGGACCUGGCCACUGUCUUCUUCUACAUGCUGGUGGCCAUCAUCAUGCAUGCCAUUAUCCAGGAGUAUGUGCUGGAUAAAAUCAACCGGAAGAAGCACUUCUCCAAAACGAAGCACAGCAAAUUCAAUGAGUCCGGCCAACUCAGCGCUUUCUACUUAUUCUCCUUCGGCUGGGGCGUGAGCAUCCUGCUGUCUGAAAACUUCCUGUCCAAUCCAGUCACCCUGUGGGAGGGUUAUCCCCAUACACUGAUGCCAUUCCAGAUGAAAUUCUACUUCAUUUGUCAGCUGGGCUACUGGUUACACGCUCUCCCAGAACUGUAUUUCCAAAAGACAAAGAAGGAGGAUAUUCCACGCCAACUUGUGUACAUCUUCCUGUACCUGGUCCACAUUGCAGGCGCCUACAUUCUGAAUCUGAACCGUCUGGGUCUAGUCCUGCUAGUGUUGCACUACUUUGUCGAGCUCCUGUUCCACGUGUCCCGCCUGGUCUACUUCAGCAACGAGAACAGACAAACUGGUUUCACCAUAUGGGCCGUCUUGUUUGUCCUUGGACGGCUGCUCACCCUGUCCUUGUCAGUCCUCACCGUGGGCUUUGGCCUCGCCACAGCUGAGAAUCAAGGCUUUGAUUUGGCUGCAGGAAACUUUAAUGUUAUUUUUGUUCGGAUAACUGUCCUGGCCGCCAUCUGCCUCACUCAGGCCUUCAUGAUGUGGAAAUUUAUCAACUUCCAGCUGCGCCGAUGGAGAGAGCAUGCCCAGGCUCAGACCUUGAAAAAGAAACAAGUUCCUUCCAAGAGCAAAUCAAAGAAAGACAAAGCCAACGGUGUAAAUGGAGUGAACUCCCAUGGAGCUGAUUCACCAAGAGCAAGAAAAGAGAAGUCAUCAUAAAUACAUUCCCCCCAUCCCCUUCCUGUGCCUCCUCGGCUGCAUCCAACCAACACUUUCUCCAACUCCUCCACCAUGAUAUGCAUUUUUCAGCUCCCACACAGGACUUGACCUCCCAGCUGGACUUCCAGAGCCAGAAUGCAUUUAGCUUUACUUGUCGCCAGUCAUCCAGCACGCCUUGAUUUAGGAAUCAUUGCUCUGCUGUGCCAUUUCGAAUGAAAAAGGAAACAAAUUCAGAAAUAAACUAUAAAAAGAAAAAGACCUUAUUUAAGAAGUGCCUAUUGAUACGGAUUGUUUUGUACAGGGUGUGUAAUUUUAAAAAUUCAGGAAUGAUGACUUCAGUGUUUAAUGUUUCUCCCAAGUCAGGACAUUUCAUGCUUUUUCCUAAAUACUGUGUAUUCCAGCUUGUGUUUUAUUUCCCCUUUUUGUUUCGUGUAAUUGCUAGCCCAGCUCCUCUUCUUUGCCACUGAUUUUAUUUUUUGAGUUAAUGUAUUUCUUCUCCCUUAUUUUUCCAUGAGUGACUUAGUCUUAUUAUAAUCUCCAUCUUUGCUAUGACUGGGUUCACACCCCAGACUGUUAAACCUCACACAGCAAGACAUUGUUACAAUGUUUCAACCAUGUCACUGUCUAACAGACACCUAAAUAGUGGAAAGCAAAGCAGAAUAUGAACGUUUUCAAUACCCACUCAUGGAUAGAAUAAGGAAGAGGUGUACAAAAGCAACCAAGGACAACAGGAUACAUCAUUCUGUAAUACUGUCAUAAGAUUCAUAGUUCAGUAUUAUGCAAAACUGCCCUGUAACCUGUAGCAUUUAAUUACUGGAGUUCAGAGCAGCUUUGUAAUCACAACAGAACAUGUUCCUUGCCAUGAAAUUAUACUUAAUCUAUUAUGGUUCUGCCUAAAACACUGUUAAUGAAUGAACACACCGUGUGUUUUCAUUUAGAGUGAAAUGAAAUAACUUUAUAAGAGAUGGAAAACAGAUGGAAGUCAGGCAAAACGCCCCUUUAGUGAGUUUGAUUGUAUUACUGUCUUGUACAGUCCCUCUACAUUUGCUGUAUAUGUGGAAUGGGUUUACUGUAUUUGUUUGGCUUUGCAUAUUAUUUCUUAGAUUUAAAAAAAAAAAAAAUCAAGAUUUGUUGUAAAAGCACAGUGCGAAUGAGAGAACCACAUUUUGUUCGGUUUCCCCCCCCCCUACCCUCUGUUGACUGUGCCAAAUGAGCCUGAUUGACUGUUGAUAUAUGCCUUUUACUUACAUGCCAUAAAGUGAAUUUCCAAAGCUAUGGAGUGCAGUCAGCCGUAUUGUAAGAUUCAAUCACCUAGGUAACACUGGCUUAUUCUAAAGAAUGAACCCAUUAACUAAUUUUAGGAACACAGUGUGAGUCAUGGUUGUCUCUGGCAGUAUAUCAGCAGUGUAUGUGGUUUUCUCAACUUGUUCUGAGGGUUUAUCUAUCAUACAAAAGAAUAAAAUGUUUUAUUGAAAAAAA